AUGAGCUGGUUUGACACUGCUGGAAUAGCAAGUUUUGCGAAGUCUGCUCUAACCACUGCUCAAAAGACUAUUGAUAAAGCAUUGGACAUACAAGAUGAAAAUACCAAGUCAAAAAAGCAUGAUGUUAAACAACCUAAAGCUUUCGGCUUAAGUGAUACAGCUUCUGCAUCAAAACCACUAUUACAGCCUCCUGUUACAAGAAAUGUGGCAUCAGAUCCUAAGACACAGCAAAUUGUUUCUGAUGCACAAGCAUCUGGGUUUUGGACUGACACAUGGGGGUCUUUCUUUGAGAUGAAAACUGAAAGCUCAUCAAAACAUGAUCCAAAUGCAAUGUCUAAUAAAGAGACUAAUAUUCUUGACAAUGACCGAAAAGAUGAUUGUGUAUUGUCACAACCCCAUAGAGCUAAUGUUUUUCCAGAUGAAAAUUUUCUAAAAUCAAACCAGGACUAUGUAGAUGUUUCUGUUUGCAAACUGAAAGAAAAUGAAAUUCUUUGCGAGCAAAAAGAACUUCAACUUCAAAAUUUAGGUGAAGAAGAAACUCUUGAAAAAGAAUCAAAUUUAGCCCCAGAAACACUUAUUGUUACCGAACAACCAUCUAAUGAAAUAGAGCCAUUAACAUUGUCUCCAAAUACUGUUUCACGUAGUUCGAUGUCCAGUGUUUCAGAUAAGAUACCUAUUAGUGCUGACAAAAAUUUAGUGGAGGACAGCUCUAACUGUGAUAAUGCAUUCCUUUCUAAUGAGACAAAUUUAAAUUCUAAUAUCUGUGUUGAAAUUAUUGUUCCUAAAGCUGAACUUAAUUUUAAAGAAACCAAAAGUUUGGAAGAUAGUGAAUACCUUGAUAUAAAUUUACCAGACAUACUUCCUGAGAUACCUAGAAAAUAUGAAGUCGAAUAUGAUGUAAUAGAGAGUGAAAAUGAUGUUUCAUGUAAUAUAACUGAAGAUUCCAUUUAUUCUUUUGCUAAUUCUCCUUCCGUUGAAGGCAUGGCUUCAGAGUCUGAAUCUUCUAUGUUUGACAUCAAUAAUUCCACUACUAAAAUUCAAGAUAUGCCUGUUAACCUGUCAGAAAGUGUAAUUAAUUGGGAAUGGGGCUCUAUGGAUAAUGUGAAACCUGAUGUACGUAUUACUGAUGAAAAUAUGAAUCCUGAUAUGGUAAAUAAUUCUAAGUCAAAAAUAGAUCAUUCAUUACCUAUAAUGCCUUCUGACUCUGCAUUUCACAAUAGGAGUGCGAGUUCUUUUGAUAAGAGUUGUGCUUGGGUGCAAAAUCCAAAAUCUAGUCAUUUCAUUGAUGAGUCUCAAAACUCUUCAAAUGAAGAACAAAAUUCCCAUCAUAGUGAUGGUAGCAGUAACAGUAGCAAAGAUGAUGAUGAUACAGAUACUGCAGAGGUUAAAGAAUAUGAUGUCAAAUCUUCUAGUAGUACUGGGUCAAAUGCAACGUCAUCUAGCUCAUUUGUCAAAUGUUCUGGUGAUGAAAAUGAUAAUUCCCACCGAGGACAGUCUCCUGUAUCAACAACUGCGUCUGAAAAAUCUGAUGUAACUAAACAUGAAUCGGAGCAGAAUACAUCUGGAGAUGAAAACGAGACUGCAACUUCUUCUGACAUUGAAAUUUUAUCCCCACCAAAUGGGGAAAAUGGUGAUCGUAAUUCAUCACCUUUGAAACACAUAUGGCUUCCACGUCCACUUAGAUUUAGACGAUCUGAAAGUCCAACUUCUGAUAGUAGUAAAGACAGUCUAAUGCCAGUUGUUAAUGAGUUGGAGGAGGUCAGCUUCGAAGAAAGGAGAACCGGAUGUGAAAAAGAUUAUCAGGGAGACAAUGACUUUCAACAUCUCCUCCAAAAGCAGGAAGAACUGCAAACUGUUUUAGAUGCUCGUGAGAAAAAAAUCCUUGAAUUAAGUAAAGAAAACAUUGAACUUCAAGAGAAUGAACAAAGAUUGAAAAAUUUAGUUCAGAAAAUGAGAACAGAUCAAGCCAAAGAAUGCCGUGAUAUUGCAGCGCUCACAAAAGAAUUCACUCAAAGACUUGCUCAAGUAGAAAACCAAUUGCGAGAUGCUAUACAGGAACGUGACAGCUUGCGCAUUCAGUUGGAAGAAGCAAAAAUUGAAGUUUCAAAACGAAUGUCUGCUGCUGAUACAGAAGAAAUUAUUAAAGAAAAAGAUAUCCAAAUUAAGGAACUGAUUGAAGAAGGCCAAAAGCUCUCAAAAAAGGAACUUCAACAUAAUACAAUUAUUAAAAAGUUAAGAGCCAAAGAAGAAGAAAUGGAUCGCACAAUUAAAUCUCAAAGUGAGAAGCUAGAGGAAAAUUCAAAAGAAGUUGAAAGGUUACGGAAGUCUAUUGGAGCUAAGGAAGAACAAGAAAAAAAGCAUAUAGAUGCUAUUCGACAACUUACAAAUUCUUCCAAAAAGAUUGAAAAAGAAGUAGCAUCCUUAAAGAGCACUUUAGAAGAUAACACAGAAAAAGAACUAAGCUUGAAAAAGUCGCUGGAAAGCACUUACAAAGAUUACACUGAAUUGAAGAAAAUGUAUACAUCUAAAGAACAAGAAUUAGAGGAUCUUAAAUCUGGUCUAGAAAUUGAAGCAAAAGAAAAUCUGCGACAGAUGCUAGAUAAUGCAAAUAAAGAAGCAGCAAGAGAAAAAGAAAUGUUAUUACUUCAAAUGCAGGAGCUUAGGUGCGCUUUAUCACGGGCUGAUGAAGAAGCAAAUUUAAGGGAAAAGAUGCUCAAGGCUGAUAUUGCUAGCUUACAAAAGCGAUUGCAAGAAGGUGAAGAAAGAAAUGAAGAUUUAACUAAAAAUAUGUCAUCUGCAACACGACCCUUGGUUAGACAAAUUGAAAAUUUACAGUCAAGUUUUAACACUCAAAUUUUAUCGUGGGAGAAGAUUGAAAAAAGUCUGACUGACAGAUUAAGUGAAGCACAGAAUCAGUUAGCAUUAAUGUCAGAGAAAGAACGUUCUGCAAUGGAGAAAUACAUGGAAUAUCAGUCAAAAAUUUCUGUCCUGGAGACUCAGAACAACUCGCUCAGACAAGAAAAAUUGCAAUUGUCAACUGAACUUGAGUCAUUGAAAGCUAAAAUCAUAAUGUUAGAAGAGAACAAAGACAGGGAAACAUAUACUGUCAGUAAGCUGAAAGAAAACUACAAUGUUGAAAUUGCAAAAUUAACAAAAGAAAAGAAUAACUUAGAAAGCACCAUGGCCACCUGCUUAGAACAACUAGAUUUAGAAAAGAAAAAAGUUAUGAAGUUAGAGGAAGAUUUGAAAUUUAAAGAAGCAAGAGCAUUAAUUAUGUCUAAUGUUUCUCCGUGUCCAUCUCCAACUGGUUCUGUGCGAAGUUCUUUAAGCAGCAUUCAUAAUUGGUCUCAGGAUGAAGCCCAUGAUCAAGGUUUAAACACACCUGUUAAUAGUUAUAGAAUGUCUGUUUACGAUUCUUUACGAUUAGGCAGUGGUUCAUCUUUGUUGGAAAACUUACAAUCUCAACUCAAGCAGCGGGAAGGCGAGAUAAUGCAAUUACAGUUUGAAAUUAAUAAACUAGAACAACUAAAGGAAUCAAUGACCCGUGAACUAGUGCAAUUAUCAGAACAAAAUGAAGAUCUGGACAAAAGAUUAAGCAAGUUAGAAUCUGUGGAAAAGGAAUUUAAAGACCUUGAUCAAAAAUAUAAUACUUUAUUACAAAUGUAUGGCGAAAAGGUUGAAGAAACGGAGGAAUUGCAAUUGGAUUUAGCUGAUGUUAAAUCUAUGUACAAGGCUCAAAUUGAAGAAUUGUUACGGAGUAAAUAAAGCUGGGACUGGGUGAAUAAGGACAAUAUUAUUUACUUGAAUGAAAAUGAAAUUGCAUUCUAACAAGUGCAUUUACAAUCAAAUAUUCCUAAAAUUGUAUAAUUUAUUAUGUUUAUGUACAUAUUUAUAUAUAUAUAUUAAA